UAAGGACUGCCCAUAACCACCAACCACAAAGUCUUCUUACAGUCUUUGUCUACUUAAACCCAAAGCCCAUAACCUAGAAAUUUCGCGGUCUUCCCCUAGCCCACGAUUGCUUCUCAAACGCAAAAUUUUUCUAUCUUCUGUCCUACUCGAGGAGAAAACAGAAGACUUUAUUUCAUGCUUCGACCUCCACUCAAUUUAUCGGCAAAUACGUGUUUGUUUCGGAGAAAGUCCAUAAGUACUCGUUAAAUAUAUCUGCCCAGCAUGGCUUCCGCAGGAAUUGUGAAUAUUCGUCGCGAUGUCGAUGACAAGUUUUACCGCUACCGCAUGCCGCUCCUUCUCACAAAAAUUGAAGGCAAAGGCAAUGGUAUCAAAACCGUCGUUCCCAACAUGGCAGAUGUCGCUCGUGCCCUAUCUCGCCCUCCCACCUAUCCUACCAAAUUCUUUGGCUGUGAGCUCGGUGCACAGACCUCCUCUGAUGACAAGAAUGAACGCUACAUCGUCAACGGCGCUCAUGACGCCUCUCGCCUUCGGGAAUUGCUUGACGUCUUCAUCGAUAAAUUUGUUCUUUGUCGUUCAUGCAAGAAUCCUGAGACAGAUCUUAUCAUCCUCAAGAGCGGUCGCAACGAGGAUAUCGUCAGGGAUUGCAAAGCUUGCGGUGAGAGGACGGACGUCGACAUGAAGCACAAGCUCGUCACCUUCAUUUUGAAGAACCCGCCUAAGAACCCCAAGAAGAGCAAGAAGGGGGCCAAGGGUGAGACAAAUGGAAACGGCGGCGGAGUGCACGCGUCAGCUCCAUCUGUUCCUGGUGACGAACAUAGUGGCUCUGGUGGCGAUAGCGAUGAUGAGCUUACCAAGAAGAUCAAAGCCGAUGCCGCUGAGCUUACCACAGAAACCAAGCUUGCAGCUCAAGAUUGGUCGGCUGAUACCUCUCCCGAGGCUGUCAAGGCUCGCGUUAAGGCGUUGGAGAGUCAGGUUGGCGGACUAUCACUUACGCCUGCUGGCGGCUUGGGAGAUGAUGAGGGCAGUGAUGACGAUGUCAACAGCCCCUAUGCUCAGUUUGGUCGUUGGGUCGAAGAGAACAAGGGCGAAGCAGGCAUUAGUGCAGUGCAGAUCUACCAGAAGGCUCAAGAGUUUGGCGUCGAGAAGAAACACAAGACUGUCCUAGUUCUUGUUCAAGCGCUGUUCACCGAGGACGUUGUGAAAGAGAUUAAUACAUACAAGGCCCUGCUCGCAAAGAUGGCCACCUCCGAGAAGCACCAGAAAGCUCUCUUGGGUGGAAUUGAGCGCCUCGUUGGGCUCACCCACCCCGAGCUCAUCCCUUCCGUACCAAAAGUCCUUAUGGCGUUGUACCAGAUCGAUGUCUUGGAAGAAGACGUGGUGACUCAGUGGGGUACUCAUGUCAGCAAGAAGUACGUUGAUAAGGAGACGAGCAAGAAAGUGAGGAAGGCCAGCGAGCCGUUCUUAAAGUGGCUUGAGGAUGCAGAUGAUGACGAAUCUGAGUGAUGUGUAGAUAUGUAGUCCUCAUUUAUGUUUCUGUUUUUACUUUUCAUAUCUUGUCUUUUGUUCGCUAAUAAUACUAUUGGUUACCGCUCGCUCGUGCAUCCUCACAUUUCGUGCAUCCCUCAAAACCACACUUUUCCUACUGCAACUUGUCAAACUACUACGUUCAUUUGAAAUAAUAGUACACAUCGUAGCGGCGGCGAGCCGCCAGUCCCCGACUUUGCCUCUCAUGCCAAG